UUGGUUAACUUUCCUUAGCGUACGAGUUAGAUUAAAUUUCUAUAUAAAAUCCAGUAAAAACGGUUACCAUGUACGACGAUUACAAUGAGUAUGACGCCUACGAUGAUUAUGGACCACCAGACGUUCAUAGUGACCAAUAUGACAGAUUAGGUUAUCGUCAAGUACCAGAAGUUGUACGAAAUUUUCUAGUAAUCUUACGAAAUUGCAUAAAUGAAGGAAUGAUUUUUGAGAUUCAAAACCUUUAUGAAACAACUUUCCCAAAAAUUUCAGAGCAGUUAUUUGAUAAGUCUUCCUGGCCAGAUGCUCAAACAAUUGCACAUAUAGUUGACAAUGAUCCAGUAUUUCUCACUUUAUAUAAAGAACUUUAUUAUCGUCAUAUUUAUGCACGAAUGCAAGGACCAACAUUAGAACAACGUUUUGGUUCAUUUUGUAAUUAUUGUGAUCUUUUUAAUUAUAUUUUACGCCCAGAAACACCAGUUCAAUUGGAGUUACCUGAUCAAUGGCUGUGGGAGCUUAUUGAUGAAUUUGUUUACCAAUUUCAAUCUUUUGCACAAUAUCGUGCUAAUUUGUCAAAUAAAACACCUGAAGAAAUUGAAAACUUGAAUGCACAUAACAAAAUAUGGGAUGUAUUAUGUGUUCUGAAUGUUUUACAUUAUUUAGUGGAUAAAUCAAAAAUCAAAAGUCAAUUAGAAGUAUAUGCAAGUGGUGGAGACCCAGAUUCAGUUGUUGGCGUAUUUGGAAGACAUUCUUUAUACAAAAUGCUUGGAUAUUUUUCUCUUGUAGGAUUAUUACGUUUACAUUCACUUUUGGGAGACUACUAUCAAGCCAUCAAAGUAUUAGAAAAUGUUGAACUUUAUAAAAAGAGUGCAUAUUCUCAGGUUCCUGGUUGUCAAAUAUCUACAGCUUAUUAUGUUGGUUUUGCUUAUAUGAUGAUGCGUAGAUAUGCAGAUGCAAUUAGAACAUUUUCUGGCAUUCUGCUAUACAUUCAAAGAACAAAACAAUUGUUUGCAACAAGGAGUUAUCAAAAUGAUCAGAUUAAUAAACAAACAGAGCAAAUGUAUCAUUUAUUAGCAAUCUGUCUUGUUCUGCAUCCACAAUGUAUAGAUGAAGGAUUACAACAAGCAUUACGUGAUAAAAAUUAUCACGAAAAAAUGUACAAGAUGCAAUAUGGAGAUCUUGUUGAAUUUGAAUCAUGCUUUCUAUUUGCAUGUCCAAAAUUCUUAUCCCUUACACCACCAAAUCCAGAUAAUCCAAAUGAAGAUUAUGUUCGGGAAGCAAUCAAACACCAAACUCAAGUUUUCAUGGAUGAAGUUGUUCAGCAAAAAAUGUUACCUACAAUUCGUUCAUAUUUAAAAUUAUAUACUACUUUACCAUUGAGCAAACUAGCUACAUUUAUGUGUAGCAAUACUAGACCUGAUGAAAGUUGGGACUUGGACAAAGAAGUUAGUGUACUAACUAUCCAUUUAUUGUGUUUUAAACAUAAAAUGAAAAAUAUUGUUUGGACAAAAGGUGCAUCAGGAUUGGAUGGAAAAUUUCAAUCUGAUUCAGAGCUGGAUUUUUAUAUUGAUCAUGAUAUGAUUCAUAUCGCAGAUACAAAAGUGGCACAUCGAUAUGGUGACUUUUUCAUUAGAAAAAUUUUGAAAUUCGAAGAAUUAAAUCGCAAGUUACGUCAUAGAAAAAUUUAA